AGCAGACGUGACGUUUGGAAUUGCCACUUGCUGUCAUUCCAAUUUAUAAAACAAACUUUUUCUUGAAAAGUAAAUUUAGUUACCAAAAAUGACCUCUUGCUUUGAAAACAUACAAAUUCCGUCAUGCACGUGGUUCGAAGGAGGAGAAAAGAGAAAUACAAUAAUUGCAAUGCUUGCAGGAACCCUGUUUUUUACAGGAUGGUGGCUCAUUAUUGAUGCUCAUGCUAAAUUCCCUGAAUCAAUGUCUGGUGCUUACCACAUUUGCGGAAUAUUUGGCACGAUAUCCCUUUUCAUGGUCAAUUCUGUAACAAAUGCACAAAUGCGUGGUGAUGCUUACAACGGAGGUUGUUUGGGAGCUAGAGGAGCCAGAGGAUGGCUCUUUAUUGGAUUCGUAAUGGGCUUUGCGGCAGUCAUUGCAGCAUGCUGGAUUUUAUUUGCAGACUUUGUCGCAGUCGAAGCACAACACCAUUGGCCAGGAGUAGGUCUUUUCCUACAGAACGUUUUCAUUUUCUUGGGCUCAUUGACUUACAAGUUUGGACGAUCCGAAGACAGUUGGAAUUAAUUUCAUUCUAUUAAAGUAAUAAAUAACUUUGUAUUUAUUCAAAUACGAAACUAAGUUACCUAAUGAAGGUUAUUCAUUAUAAGUUUAAAAUAAGUUCGUACUUUAUUACAAACGUAUGUUAUAAGAGUCAUGAGUAUUGAGAUAUAGUCAUCCGCUUGUAUAAAACUUAAAUUUAUGCUUUGUAUAUUCACAUAAAAUAAAGUCAGUUCAAAAGUGUUA